ACAAAUCUCUCUUUCACUCACCUCCAACGUUCAAGAGGAUAUGGCGGAGGCGGAGGCGGAGAAGGAGGCGACUUGGGCGGCAGCGGCUCAGGCAGAUCCGGAGGGGGCGUUCUUGCUGCUCCAGCGAAUUAUGGAGCCGGAGGAGGACGGCGCCGGAGCAGCGGCUGGGAAGACAGACGGGUUCGAGUGGGAGUUGCACAAGGAAAACGUACGGCCCUUGAAGCGCGGCCGCAACACGAAACUCCUCAACAGAGCCCUCAAAGCCCAGGUCGAUCGCGACCUUAAGGCCUCCCUCCUCCAAACCCGCAGGAGGAUGAUCGAGGCGAUUGAUGAGUACCAGGGAGAGGAUCCCCUUCGGCCAUGGCUCGAUUGCAUAAAAUGGGUUCAAGAAUCAUUUCCGACGGGAGGAGAAUGCUCGGGGUUAGUUGUGAUGUAUGAGCAAUGUGUGCGCACCUUUUGGCAUGACGAACGUUAUCAAGAGGAUUUGCGGUACCUCAAAGUGUGGGUGGAAUACGCGGCCAAUUGUGCUGAUGCUGAAGUCAUAUACCAAUUUUUGGAGGCAAAUGAAAUCGGGCAAAGUCAUUCGAUCUUCUACUCAUCCUAUGCCAUGCUGCUGGAGUCUAAGAACAAGUUCAAGAAGGCUGAUGAGAUUUACAAUCUUGGAUUAGCCAGGAAGGCAAAACCAAUCGAGAAGUUGGAAGCUGCAUACAGGGCAUUCCUUGUGCGUUCUACAAUGAGGCGCGACAAGGAAGAAGAGUUGCUAGAUAAAACCUUGCCAGUUCGAAGCUUUGGGACUGUUUUAACAGCACUGGACUCAAGAAGACAAGCUGCAGAAAAUCCAAGCUCAUCUAAAAGGAUGAUCCCUCUACAGAAGAUCAGUAAUAAUCGACCCCUCUCUGUGUACCAAGAUGAAAAUUCCAAUACAAAUGAUCAACACUCAAACAUGAAAAAAAAUGAGAAGUCUUGGAAUUCCCUAGGAAGUCGAUUAGAUCGAAAUAAGGAAAAUACCUCAAUGCCUACCAAAUGGACAUCAUAUAAGGUUCCACAAAAAGGACAACGAACAAGUUCAGCAGCACCAACUCCACUGAUUAAGGUGUAUGUUGAUGAAGAAUGUGCAGAGAUAAACUCAAACUCAGUUCAGGCUGCAAAGAAUUUGAAGACUACCACCUUCAAACUCGGAAACUCAGCUACUGCAAACUUAAAGAAGGAAACAGAAAUGCUCAAAGACAAUCCAUUGAGGAACUUUCCUCUGAGUAGUCUCAGAUAGCUGGCAUCCAGGUGGUAGCUUGUUCGCACUAGAGCUGAUUGAAUUGAUAGAAUGUUAUCAUUUUUAAACCGCAAUUUGUUUCAUUUGAAGCUGCCUGGUCAUUUCCUUUGAUGUCCAAGCAAAAAGUAGUCUGUUCCACUGAACUCAGUUAAUGUGGCAUUGCAUGCAUGGAUGGGGGUUCAAGGAUCUUAAGAUACACAAUUCAUUGAUUCUUCACUUGUUCAAGUUUAAUAUUUGAAGUCAUUUUCAUUUUAUUGAACAAUAUGUGAAUAUCUCCAUGGUGGCGACCACAAAUGGUUGUAGUGUUGGACAACUAAGAAAGUGUGAUGGGAAGUGGUG